AUGGAAGCGGUCUUGACAAGGCUGAGAGAUUUCUCCUGCAGGGAGGCUACCUUUGACACCUGUGAGCCUACGGCGGCCAUGGCCCUACCUGUGCCUUUGCCUCGUCGCCGGGACAUGGACACGGACAGCAGCGCUAACGGCUCUCGUCUGGUGACAGAGGAGCCCAGAGGGGGCAGCGGUGACCGUCUGCCACCCAUGGGGACACCCCCCACCCACCGGCUAGACAUCGAGUCGGCCUUGGCCUGGUUACGGAAGGAGCUGAUUGAGAUGCGCUCCCAGGACCAAGUGCUCAUCCGGCAGCUGAUGGAUCUCCACGAGGGCAUCCAGGAGCUGAAACUUGAUUAUGCAGAGGCCGAGUUGGAUCUAGAGGACGAAGACGAGGAGGAAGAGGAGGAGGAUGGGGAGCCAGCAGGCUGGGAGUCCGACGACAGUGAUGCUGGGACCAACAGCAGCAGCAAUAGCCCCUCCACCACCACUAGUAGCAGUAGUGAGCUGCAGCUGGGCUCUGGGGAGCUGGUCAGCUACUCCCCGUCCCCCCCAUCAGCCACCUCCUCCCGCCUGCUCCUCCCUGGCCUGUCUCCCUCUCGCCACCCUCCUCCUUCCCACUGCUCCUACCCCUACUACUCACCGCUAGGGUACCGACCAAAGCACCUCCUCUGCAGCAGACGCUCCUCUCUGCCCUAA